AUGUCGGACCCUCCUCGCGAUGCACCUGCUCGACGGCGCUCCUCUGUUGCCUAUGAUCCUGCCAGAGACACCUUCAAGGAAUUACCAAACACCAUACCUGAGGAUGCCAUUGCUGAGGCAGAUGAGGAGCCACCAGCGUCUGGGACUGCUGUCACGUCGAGUCCGUCCAAUGACCGAGUUCCCGCGGAUCAAAGUCGAAAGCGGCGUCGCUCGACAUCUCGUGAAAGAGAAGUGAAAGACAAGCUAGAUGGGGAAAGCCCUACACACACAAGAUCGCCGAUCUCCAAGAAACGCAAAUCAUCUCUCUCCCCUUCUAGAAGAAAACGGCCUUCGCCCAGACCGUCAAGCAAUAGUGUCCCCCUUGAGAAGUUUCCCCCGCGAGUUCCCUCAGACCUUCCUCGAAUUCCACUUAAACCAAGAGAAGAUGGUGAGGUCGCUGCAGCACGCCGUAUUCCAGCGGCUUACAGUCGACGACCUGAGCCAGAAGACCGUCGAAGAAACAGCGAGUUUCAACGUCGAUCACGCUCACCACGACGCCGCUCCCCUACCAAUCAUUACUCACGCCGCUCCCCACCGCGAGAUCGCCGUAGAUCGCCAUCACCGAUCCGUGACUCCCCUCCACGCGAGGUGAUUCGACCUGGGGGUGCACGCGGUCGAGGCCGUAAUGUCCUUGCUGAACAACAACGGCUUGCGGCCGAGCGAGAAGCGAAACAAGCAGCUCAAGCCAAUCGCGGCGUUCAGGAAGUCUCUAACCAGUUUUACAAUGCACGGCCCGAAUGGGUGAAAGAACGUGGCAGGGAUUGGCGGAGACACGAGUCACAAAUCAAAGGACUACGAAGCUUCAACAACUGGGUCAAAUCAUGUCUUAUUCACAAAUUCAGUGCGGAGGAGAAACAAGAGGUCGAAGAAUUGGGUUGGGGCGAAGAAGCAAAACAACCGGAAGAGCAGAAACCGCUUCUGGUUCUGGAUGUUGGCUGCGGCAAAGGUGGCGACCUUGGAAAGUGGCAGCAGGCCCCUCAAAAGGUUGGACUCUAUGUUGGACUGGAUCCCGCCGAGACGAGCAUCUCACAGGCCAGAGAGAGAUAUCAGCAAAUGCGACGAGGACGACGACCCAUAUUCGAAGCCCGAUUUGUUCCUCAGGACUGCUUUGGAGCAUGGAUUGGUGAGGUUGGUAUCGUUCAAGAAGUUGGUAUCGAUCCUACCGCAGGCAGUGGUCAACCUAGCCGCUGGGGUGGCGGCGGAUUCGAUGUUGUUGCUGCCAUGUUCACAAUGCAUUACGCUUUUGAGUCUGAGGAGAAAGUGAGGAUGAUGUUACGAAAUGUCGCAGGUAGCUUGAAGAAAGGGGGUCGGUUCUUAGGUGUCGUCCCCAAUAGCGAUGUCUCCGCAGAGCAUAUCCGAAAAUGGUUCGCAGAGAAGAAGGAAAGGGAUGAGAGCAGCACCCACGCUGAUGACGAGACAAAUGGUAAAGAAGAGGGUGAGGCCGAGGAUAGCCCAUCAUGGGGUAAUUCCAUCUACAGAGUCCGCUUCCCCGCCGAUCCGCUCCGCCCGCUCCAACCCGAUGGCGGCUUCCGACCUCCCUUCUCAUGGAAGUAUACGUACUGGAUGGCUGAGGCGGUCGAUGUGCCGGAGUUUGUCGUCCCAUGGGAAGCAUUCCGUGCUAUUGCAGAAGGGUUCAACCUCGAGCAGCGGUAUCGGAAACCAUUCCCUGAGGUCUAUGAGUCAGAGAGAGGAAACACUGAGCUGAUGCAGCUGGCUGUGAGGAUGGGCGUCACGAAGCAUGAGGGCGGGCUGAAGUCCCUCAGCCCUGAGGAAGAGGAAGCUGUUGGUUUCUACCACGCUUUCUGCUUUGUCAAGGUGUGA